CCAAUUUUUCAGUAUCAACCACUAGUUAUUACAUUCAACUACAGUUCUGCUAAACGCAACACAUAAGUUAUGGCGAAUAUACAAUUCACAUUUGGAAAGAGGCUUGCCUUGACGUUGGCAAUGUUUGUGCUGACCAUCUUUUCCUUGAUUAUGUACAAAGCUACAAUAGAUCGUAAACGAUACGAUUCAGAAAAUGUGCAUGAAUUACCAAGGGAAGAAAACUGGACCUAUGAGCGUUUCAGACGGCAGAGGAACGAGCUAUCUGCCAUUUUGAACCACAUGAUGAUGCUGUACGGACAACAAAGCUGCGAGCUACUGAAAUUGAAACAGAUGAAUGACCUGGUAUCCGAGAACGGAGGAUGGUGUGCCGAUGCCAGCAGACCAAACAGCAGACACCACGUUUGGGAUGAGGUUUGAUUUUUUUUUUGCCAUACUGCCAUACUUAAAUUAUGAAAUUUGUUUGCCAUGGAAUUGCGUGUUAUCUAAUUUUAUUAGCCAUAUAUUUUAUCUUUGCAAUGUAAUGUUAUUUGCUAUAAAUUUACCUGUAUUAUGCUAUUUUUUUUAAACUGGGCCUUUGUGGGGAGGGGCCAACUUUUGAUCUUUAAUCAUCUUGGCUUAUAUUUAUUUUCCGUAAAAUAUUUUUGUUACACUUUAAAACUAUUCCGGAAUGUACUGUAACAUAAAAUUUGCUUAAAGAAAGAUAGAAAAGCUG